AAAGAAAAAGAUCGUAACUCCCACCGCACCACACAAUCGCGUCUAGGGUUUCCGCCUACGCGUUCACCGCCGUCGAUCGCCGCCGCCGCCGCCAUGUCCUCCGGCGAAGACGAGCGCGGCACAGCCUCCAAGCACCACCACAGGGCAAAGGACAAGGACCGCGACCACUCAUCUUCCCGCCGCCACCGCGACAAGGACCGCUCCUCCGCUCGCCACCACCGCGACGACAGAGACGGGGAGCGGGACAGAGAUCGCGACCGCCACCACAGGGAUAAGGAGCGGGAUCGCGAGGAGCGGAAGGCGCGGGAGCGGGAGGAGAGGCAGCGCGAGAAGGAGGAAAAGAGGGAGAGGGAGCGGGAGAGGGAGAGGGAGAGGGAGAGGGAGAGGGAGGAGAGGGAGAAGGAGGAGAGGGAGAGGGAGAAAGAGAAAGUGCGGGCGCGGCGUCGCGAGGAGCGGGACAGGGAGAAGGAGAGGUCCAAGAAGCGUGAGGCAGUCGACGAGGAGAACGAGGACCUCGACCGCAAGCGCCGCCGCCGAUCCUCGCACCACCACCAUCGCGAUGUGGAGAUGGAGGCAGCACCGUUGACCAGGGAGGAAGAGGAGGAUGGAGAGGAGGCGGAGAGGCGCCGACAGAAGAAGAAGGAGGAAGACAUGGAGGCCGAGCAGCAGCGUCUCGAUGACGAGAUGGAGCGACGCCGGCACCGUGUUAAGGAGUGGCAGGAGAAGAAGCGCCUAGAGCAGCAGCUGCAGCAGCAGAAGGAUGGCGCUAUCGGUGUUGCCAUGGCUGUUGAGGCUGAUGAUGGAGGCAAUUCUGGGAAGAAGUGGACCUUGGACGGUGAGGAGUCUGAUGAAGAGGAUGCCAAGAAGUCAGAUGAGGAGGAUUCCAUGAAAUUGGAAGAGAAUCACUCUGACACCAGUGCCAUGGAUGUUAAUUUGCCGAACGGGGGUAAUGCCGCAAAUAGCGGGGCUGAUAUGGAGGAGGAUGAUAUUGACCCGCUCGAUGCAUUUAUGAACUCCAUGGUGUUGCCUGAGGUUGCAAAGCUGGAGAAUAGCACAGCAUUUGUCGGGAGCGCCCCUGCUGCCAGUUCAGAUGACAAGAAUGAUAAGGGUAUGAAGGAUACCACGAGUAACCUGGAUAAGAAAAGGCCGAUUAAGGCGAUGGGGAGAAUUAUGCAAGGUGAUGACUCUGACUCAGAUUAUGACGAUGCUGAUAACGAUGAGGCUGGAUCAGACGAUGAGGAUGAUGCGGAGUUCAUAAAACGUGUGAAGAAGACUAAGGCAGAGAAGUUGGUUAUUGUUGACCAUUCCAAGAUUGACUACCAGCCAUUCCGGAAGAAUUUCUAUAUUGAGGUGAAAGAUAUUACAAGGAUGUCAGCUGAGGAUGUGGCGUCCUACCGAAAGCUGUUGGAGCUCAAGGUGCGUGGCAAAGACGUUCCCAAGCCAAUAAAGACGUGGAUACAGAGUGGGCUGACAAGUAAGCUACUUGACACCAUCAAAAAGCUUGGUUUUGAGAAGCCAAUGUCUAUACAAGCACAGGCAUUGCCGAUCAUAAUGAGUGGACGUGAUUGUAUAGGAGUUGCAAAGACUGGAUCUGGCAAGACUCUAGCAUUUGUCUUGCCCAUGUUGAGGCAUGUCAAAGACCAACCGCCUGUUGUACCUGGGGAUGGCCCCAUUGGGCUCAUUAUGGCUCCUACAAGAGAGCUCGUGGUGCAGAUAUAUUCAGACAUCAAAAAAUUCUCUAAGGUGCUUGGCAUCAAUUGUGUUCCUAUAUAUGGAGGUUCCGGGGUUGCGCAGCAGAUUAGUGAACUGAAGAGGGGUGCUGAAAUUGUUGUUUGUACACCAGGCAGAAUGAUUGAUAUCCUUUGCACUAGCAGUGGCAAGAUUACUAACCUUCGAAGAGUGACGUUCUUGGUGCUGGAUGAAGCUGAUAGGAUGUUUGAUAUGGGUUUUGAGCCUCAAAUUACUCGGAUAGUCCAGAAUACCCGUCCAGAUAGGCAGACUGUCCUUUUCUCUGCCACUUUUCCACGGCAGGUGGAGAUACUAGCACGUAAGGUGCUGACAACGCCUGUUGAGAUUCAGAUGGGUGGCAGGAGUGUCGUGAACAAAGAUAUCAAGCAACUGGUUGAGGUGCGUCCAGAUAGUGAAAGGUUCUUCAGGCUGUUGGAGUUGCUUGGAGAGUGGUAUGCAAAGGGAAAAAUUCUUGUUUUUGUGCAAUCACAAGACAAAUGUGAUGCUCUGUUGAAACAGUUGUUCCAGCAUGGAUAUCCAUGUCUAUCGCUACAUGGUGGAAAGGAUCAAAAUGACCGUGAAUCAACUCUUGCCGAUUUCAAGAGUAAUGUCUGCAACGUGCUUAUCGCUACCAGUGUUGCUUCUAGGGGUUUAGAUGUGAAAGAUCUUGAGCUGGUUGUCAAUUAUGAUGUCACGAAUCAUUAUGAGGACUAUGUUCAUCGUGUUGGGCGAACUGGCCGUGCUGGUAGGAAGGGCUGUGCGGUGACUUUUGUUUCUGAGGAAGAGGAGCGUUAUGCACCAGAUCUUGUUAAGGCUUUGGAGCUAUCUGAACAGGCCGUUCCAGAGGACCUGAAAGCCCUGGCAGAUCGAUUUAUGUCAAAGGUAAAGCAGGGAACUGAGCAGGCCCAUGGAACAGGUUAUGGUGGAAGCGGUUUCAAGUUCAAUGAAGAAGAGGAUGAAGCACGGAAAACUGCAAAGAAAGCUCAGGCAAGGGAGUAUGGAUAUGAGGAAGAUAAGUCAGAUUCAGAUUCUGACGAGGAUGGAGUUGUACGUAAAGGGGCAGCUGAUGUUGCAACACAAGCUAUUGCUUCUGCUCAAGCUGCUGCUGCUGCAGCAGCUGUACUCAGGGCUGCUAAUAAUGCUAACCAGCCAGCCAUGACCACAGGCUCCUUGCUUCCUCUGCCGGUUGCACCUAACCAACAAAAUAAUGAUGCCACGCAACGUGCAAUUGAUGCUGCAAAGAACUUGCAGCAAAAUCUGGCGAGGAUACAGGCCAAUGCAGUUCCAGAGCACUAUGAGGCUGAGCUUGAGAUUAAUGAUUUCCCGCAAAAUGCUCGCUGGAAAAUCACUCACAAAGAGACCUUGGUUCCUAUUCAGGAAUGGACUGGAGCGGCAAUCACUACAAGGGGAACGUUUAUUCCUCAAGGCAGAAUUGUCGGUGCUAACGAGCGCAAACUGUACCUGUUCAUCGAGGGCCCCAAUGAGUCAUCUGUCAAGAAUGCUAAAGCAGAUCUGAAGCGUGUACUUGAGGAUUGUGCCAAUCAGGCGCUGAAUCUUCCUGGUUCAGCUCAAACUGGAAAAUAUGUUAUUUGAUCUGCAGAACAUAUGGCAGAAUGGAUGAGUAUCGGAGUUGUUGAUUCUUUUGAGAAGCUUACAAUGGUUUGCUGAUCACAAUCUUGGACUUCACCAGAUAUGCAACCAAAUUUUUGGUCUAAGCCAUUAUAUAAGGCAGCUAGCAGUUAAUUAGUGUCACGUGGUUAUUUUGGAAAUUGUCUAACCUGGAACGUUUUGACAAUUUCUAUAAUUCUGUUAGUAACAAGUUUUGGUUGCCUCUGGACAGAAGGAUGAGAGCAUCAGAACACUGGUGGUAGUCCUCAUCCAGUUUUAUGAUGUGAAUACUCCAUGGAGUCAGGUGGCAGCCCUCGAUCUAUGGGGCAGUAUUCACCCAGAGUACCAAUGAGAAUAAAAAACUUAAUGCAGGAAGUUCUGGUUGGGUUACGGAAUUGGAUAACUGCUUCUAUGACCAGUAUUUGCUUGCUUAUAGCGAUAUAUAGUUAUGACCCUUUUGGUGUAUACAAAGAAGGAAUGUUUCAUCUAACACUUAACGGGGUCGUCUAUGUUAUUAGUUUGCACUUUCGCAAGCUAUUAGACGAAAGUAAACAAUACAUUUUGGUUUGGUUUAGUUUCUGUAUCAUUUUUGCAUUCACUAGUGAAUUGUGAUCAAGUACGAUAUGCUUGAUUUUUUUUCGUGUGUGUUUGAGAUGAUGUCCCUGUUUUGAUCUUCAGAUGUACUGUGCUGUUGCAAGCCGAGGUGAUCAUUUUCGUGAGGUGGUGCAGCUGCUGGUGAACAAAGAAACUGGGCCUCACAUCUUUUCAACGAGACAAAGAAAGAUUGGACCUGAUAUCGUAUGGUAAUUUGCUGCCGCAGAUGCUGGAAUUAUCGGGUUGCAGCUGCUCAUCAUAGGGUGUAGAGUUGCUUAAAAAUACUUGUUCUGUGCUGCUAUAUCUGAACUGUACUGUGUUACUGUUUGUCGCAGUGAGCUUGUGCGUCACUCGCUUUGUGCACACCACCAUGAAUCAUGACAACAGAUGGUCGCAUUGUGCAUAAAUAGUACUCCCUCCAUCUCUAUCAUGCAGAGGUCUACACACAAGGCACCUGUUACACUGUUCCAUCUCUAUCAACUCCGUCCAUUUAGCUAAUCCUUCCCUAAGCACAUACGGUUUUUUGUUCCUCCUCAUGCUCGAGACUGGUGAGUGGUGACAUCCUCCCCCUGAUAACAUGCCGCCGUCGCUCUCGACGAAACUUGUAUAUCCCCAGUAAAACUUGCUACUCCGACUAUCUGCCAGAUUUUAGCAGGCAUCUUACUUGUUUGA